GCAUUUUACGCUAAUCCUAACAAAAUGGCGACUGUUGUUGUUUUGCCGCAGGGUCACUGAUUAAAUCCGUUUAUCGUUUCGGCUAAUUUCGGCACACGUAGCGCGGAAACAGCGCCAGGAUACGGCCACGCACCGGAGGGGUCGACUCCGCCCGGGCUGAAAUGAAAGGCAAAGAGCGGUCGCCGAUUAAGAAGCGGUCCCGGGCCCUGGAAGAUAUACGAGACAGGGGAGGAUGUCAUCCGACCAGCAAGAAAAUGGGGGCUCUGUCCGUCUCCAGCGGGAGUAAUAAUGGGAACAGCUCGACGAAAGGCGACGGCGCCUCGACGAGGCGGAGCCUGCUCGGCGAGAAACGAGACCGGGACUUCGACGGCCACGGCCGGACUGCCAACAACCACAGCUGCCCGUCCGCCGCGGGCAAAAACCACAGCCUGAGCCUGACGCUGGAGCUGGCCGCGCCGAGGGGCGUCGCGUCGCGCGCGGAGCCGCGGGUCCAGCCGCCCGGCGCCGAGAGUGAGUACAAAACGCUGAAAAUCAGCGACCUGGGCUCGCAGCUGAGCGACGAGGACAUCGAGGACGGCCUGUUCCACGAGUUCAAGAAGUUCGGCGACGUGAGCGUGAAGAUGAGCCGCAGCAGCGACGGGCGCAUCGCCUUCGUCAACUUCCGGAAGCCGGAGGACGCGCGGGCCGCGAAGCACGCGAGGGGCCGGCUGGUGCUGUACGACCGGCCGCUGAAGAUCGAGGCGGUGUACGUGAACCGCCGCCGGAGCCGCUCCCCGCUGGAGAGGGACCUGUUCGCGGCGGCGCAGAGCCACAGACACCUGCAGAGACCGCUGUCGCCCACGGGGCUCGGCUACAGAGACUACCGGCUGCAGCAGCUGGCCCUGGGGCAGCUGCCCCCGCCGCUGCCGCCCCCUCUGCCCCGGGAGCUGGAGCGGGACCGGGAGUUCGCGCUGUUCGAGGCCCGCGCGCGUCCCGUCUUCAUCGCGGAGCGCGCCGCCUUCAGGGAAGAGGAUUUCAUCUCUCCUGAGGACGACCAGAGGGCCAACAGGACGUUGUUUCUGGGCAACCUGGACAUCAACGCCACGGAGGCGGACCUGAGGAGGGCUUUCGACAGGUUUGGGGUCAUCACAGAGGUGGACAUAAAGAGGCCCAGCAGGGGACAGACCAGCACCUACGGGUUUCUGAAAUUUGAGAACCUAGACAUGGCCCACCGUGCCAAGCUUAGCAUGUCUGGCAAAAUGGUGGGUCGCAACCCCAUAAAGAUAGGUUACGGCAAGCCCAUGCCCACCACACGCCUGUGGGUGGGGGGGCUCGGACCGUGGGUGCCUCUGACGGCCCUGGCCAGAGAGUUUGACCGCUUUGGGACGAUAAGGACCAUACACUACAGGAAGGGGGACACGUGGGCUUACAUUCAGUAUGAGAGCUUGGACGCUGCACAGGCAGCCUGGACGCACAUGAGGGGCUUCCCGCUGGGAGGACCGGAGAGACGACUCCGCGUGGACUUUGCGGACUCGGAGCACCGCUACCCGCAGCAGUUCCUGCAGCCUCUCCCCAUACCGCCGUUCGACAUGGUGGCCGAGUCCUUCGUUCACCGCGCCACGCCCGAACCGCUCCGCAUCAGGGACCGGACUCCUCCGCCCCUCCACUUCAGGGACAGGGAGCUCUUCCCCGGAGCCGACUGGCCCAACCCGGCCCUCCGCGAGCGGGUGCGCGCCUCGCCCUUUGAGCCUCUGGAACAUCUGGAGCGGAGGACGCGCGAGCCCUGGUCUCUGGAGAGGGAGCUGCAGGGACGAGAGCCCGUGCGCAAGCGCCGCGCAGCCGAGGAGGGACGCCACCUGGACCUGUCCCCCGACAGCACCGAGAGGACGGUGAGACGGAGACGGGCGUCCCCGGAGGGCAGCCCCGGAGGCAGCAGCAGAGACGGGGGGCGGUUCAGUGAUUCGGAGCGGCCCGUCCGGGGGGAGAGAGCCUCCCCGCUGAGAGAGCGCCACAGCAGCCUGGAGCGGGGCGGGACAGAGCGCAGGCUCAAAGGCCUCUCUGAUAAAGGGCCGUCCAGCGGCACCGGGGCAGCAGCCGGGGACCGCAAGCGGAAAGCGGUGGACGGCGGCAAAGGCCCCGCCAAGAGAGAGCGCUCUGACAGCAAGGGGGCCCAGCUGACCAAGUCGGACGGCACCAAACUCAGCCUGGCCUGGCAAGGCAUGCUGCUCCUGAAGAACAGCAACUUCCCGGCCAACAUGCACCUGCUGGAGGGCGACCACGGCGUGGCCAGCGACCUGCUGCUGGACGGCGCCACGGGGAGGCAGGUGAGCGAGCUGAAGAUCACGCAGCGCCUCCGCCUGGACCAGCCCAAGCUGGACGAGGUGUCGCGCCGCAUCAAGGUGGCGGGCCCCGGCGGCUACGCCAUCCUGCUGGCCGUCCCCGGCGCCACCGAGGACACGUGCGACUCGGCGGCGUCCACGCAGCGGCCGCUCCGCAACCUGGUGUCCUACCUCAACCAAAAACAAGCAGCCGGCGUCAUCAGCCUGCCCGUGGGCGGCGGCCGGGAUAAAGACAACGCGGGGGUCCUCCACGCUUUCCCCCCCUGUGAUUUCUCUCAGCAGUUCUUGGAUUCGUCCGCCAAAGUUCUGGCAAAAAGCAAAGAGGACUAUCUGGUCAUGAUCGUGGUCCGCGGAGCGUCGUAAGAAGUGACCGCGCGCACUAAGAUGAAGCGGAGAUUAGCAAAGAGGAGUAAAAAAAAAAGAAAAAGAAAAGAAGAGAUCUGCUGUAUGUCAGUAAUUAUUGCAUGCUGUGUGUUCUGCAUCCUGGGGUUCAGUAGUGUGCUUCUCCAGUGUUUGAAUGUUGCCAUAUAAUUCACUACAAGGACAAACGGUGCCCUUCCAUAAAACUAAAAGGUCAUUUUUCUUUUCUUUUAAGUACUUUUCAACUGGGUGAUUGAACCCGAUCACAACCACAAGCCUGUUGCAUUAUCAAAAUUUCUGGGAAAUGGUUAAAUAUAAAGGGGAGAAAUUCAAGCCUCAUAAAGUAUAUGAGCCUUUAGGUCAUAUGGAGAUUUAGUUUCUGUUUCUUGGGUUAUCUACAAGUGAAAAGGGUUACUU